AUGCUACAUAAAGAAAAUACAAGCAGUCAAGAAAUUUCUAGAAAGGACUUUUUUUAUUCUUUAGAUUUUGAUUAUGACGAUGGAGAUAAAAUUGACAUUGAAGAGUGUGAAAAUCUUUUUGUAUAUUUUUUAGAGAUCUCAAAGGAUCCUUUUCUUAUAAUUUUACAAAGAUUUAAAAGUCAUUUUUCUGAAAUGCAUAAAUCAUUUUUAAUAGAAAAAAUUGAGACUUUUGAGAUGCAUGAACAUCAUUUUGAUUACAUUGUCAAUCAUUCGUCUUUUGAUUCAUUAGAUCUUUUAACAUCGCUAUCAACCGAUUUUUAUAAGCCAUUUUGUAAAUAUUUAGUUUCUAAAAGACAUUAUUUUUUUCUUGAAAAUAUUUCAGAAUAUCCUCAAAUUUUAGAGAUAUUCACUGAUAUUAAAUUCUGGUCACCAGUUCCUUGGUUUGUUUUAGAUGAGGAUCGAAUUGAUUUGGUGUAUGUAAUCAUAAAAAAAAUGAUAUGCAAUAAUUUGAAAAUAAAAGAAAAUUUUAUUUCUUGCAUAAAGGAAAUAAUAAAAAAUAAUCAAGAUAGGAAUAAAAUGUUUCACGAAAAAGGAAAUGUUAUAAGUGAUAAAGAAGCUUAUUAUUACAAUUUACUAAUUAAUAAAUUUUUAGAUACUAUAAUUUCUAGAAAUUUAAAGAUAUCUAAAGACAAGGAUUCUUUCACUAAUUUUGUCAUCUUGAGUAAAAUUGAAAUAUUUAGAAUAAGUUACAUUAAAAUGAUAGAAGAAAGGAAAUUAUUAAAAAUGGAAGAUGAAAAUACUGAUGAAAUUGAUAAAAUACUAAAAAAUAUUGUAGAUGAAAAAAGAUUUGGAGAAUAUUUAGGAUUAAUGAUUUGUGAAAAUAAAAAUGAAUUUUUGACUGAAGGUGAUGAUGAAUUGAAUCAAUUUAUUCACUAUAAGACUGUUGGUGCGGUAUAUUUAUAUAUUUACGAAUUUUUUACACCUGAUGUGGGUGUUCUUACUUUUUUAUUUCAGUUUGAUAUUUUUAAACAGCAAAUUUUAAGAAUAUUGAUUCAUAACUCAGAUCUUAUUAAGUUUAGUUUAUUAAACAGCAUUAUUGACUAUUACAAUAAAGUACAAAAAGAAGGUCAUAAAAUCGAAAUAAGACAUCUUGUAAAUUUAAUAUUAGUAGAGAAGUCAACCUUCUCUCUAAAAAUCUGUUUAAAAAAUAUAAAAUUUAUAAAUUAUCUUAUGAGUGAUUUUGAAUAUUGUCUUAGUAACGGGCUUAUAGGCAUUUGUGAAAUCAAUGAAGUUCUUAAGAAAACUGCAAAUAUAAAGAAUUCUUAUGAAAAUUUAGAACUACUUAAAGACCUUUCAUUGGACAUAAGACGUUUGAAAAACAAAAUUUCCUCUUCCUUUAUAUUUAUUGAAACAUGUUUUAGAUUGUUAUUUAAAAUUAUUGAUACUAAUGUUGAUAUUUUAAUUGUAGAUGAAUUGAUUGAAGUUUUUGUAAAAAUUUUAAAUUGUAAUUUAAAAACCAUUGUAGGGCCAAAAUGCAGUGAACUUGUUUUUAAAAAUCCUUUUACAAAAAAAGAUCAUCCUUUUUCUAGAAUUACUAGGGAAAGUUUAAAAUUUAAUCCAAAAGAAUUAUUAAGAAAUAUACUUUUAAUCUACAUAGAAAUUAAAAGCGUUAAAUUUAUUAAGUUUGUUGCAAAAGAAGAAAUGUAUUACGAUUUAAAUUUAUUUAAUGUCGGUUUAGAAAUUUGUGAGAAUAAAUUUCUGCUAAAUAAUUUACAGAUUGACAAUUUAAAAGUUUUUAUCAAAAAGUUAGAACAGUAUACACAAGAUGCUACUGAAGAAUUUGAUGCAAAUGAUGCUUUUAUAGACCCAUUGACUUUUAAUGUUAUUAAAGACCCUGUAAAGUUAUUAACUUCUAAUGUAACAAUUGAUAAGAGUACAUACAAUAUGAUAAUGUUAAAUGAUGCAGUUGAUCCUUUUAAUAGGUUGCCUUUAGAUGAUACAAAGGUUGUGGAAGAUGUAGAAAUGAAAAAAAGUAUACAGUUAAAAUAUAAAACCAAAAAUAAUAAUAUUUAG